AUGUCUUCCGUGGAGGAAGACAACAUUUUGGAAAAGGAGAUCGCCCUGCUCAGUGAGAAGCAUUCCGAGGAGCUCUCUCUUAGUCACCUGCAGCUAGUUGUGGCCACAAAAACCAUCGAAGAGCUGCGUGAGAAGCUGGGGAAAUGCAUGAAUGCGCAAAGGAAGGAGGAAAAGACACGCUCAAUCCAUGGUGAGCUCCACUUCCCCGUGGGUCGCAUCCAUUGUUUCCUGCGCAUGGGAAACUAUGCUGGGAAUGCCGGUGCUGGUGCUCCUCCGGAUUUGAUGAUGUCGGCCGAGAAGCUGGCCCCAUUCAUCCGCAGAUGCUUGAAAUCUGCCGUCGAAAGUGGUGCUCUUGUACAAACAAAGGGAAAGGGAGCAUCUGGCUCCUGCAAAUUGGCCAUAACAGCCAAGGCUGAAGAGAAAACAACAAAACAGAAGCCACGUGCCCCGAAGAGAGCUGCAACAAGUGAGAAGAAAGCAAAGAAAGCCCCAGCAUUGCUAAAGAAGCCAACGGCAGCAGCAAAGAAAGCUGUGACGGCAAAGAAGCCAAGUGAUGAGAAGAAGACCCCGCUGCUUCACGGAAAAAUGCUGGUGAAGCAAAGAAGGUAGCGCCAAAGCACAAACCAACAAAUCCAUCUGCAAAAUCAGCGGGAAACCGAAAACACCAAAGAAUGCUGCUGACCCCAAAAAGACAGUCACAAUGAAGAAGUAAAAUUCUUCAUUGAAAUCCACAUUAUUUUCUCCCAUACAGCGAAAAACAAAACAAAACAGCCCUUUUCAGGGCUCUCAGAAAAUCCAUAAAGAGUUGAUCAAUGAAUUUCACUAUUUUUAAAAAACUUAAUUCUCUAAAAUCAUGUCAUCCUCCGGAUUUCAUGAUUUUAUACAAAAAAAAAACGCACUUUUCAGGGCGAAAAAAAGACAUUAAUUAGCUGGCCAUCCGCAGUUAGGAAAUUGAAUUAAUUGCUAUCUGGCGCAACAAUUGCGAACAAAAAACCGCCCUUUUCAGGGCGACAAGAACAUUGAAUAAAGAGUUUUAUUGAAUUUCUUUAAAGAAAAAAAAAGCCAUAAAAUUUUAUUUAAUAAAUUUUAAUUCAAUAAAUUCUUUUGUACUUAAAAAAAUAUUUUAAUUAUUCAUUUUUUAAC